CUAUCUUUGACUGCAUAACACGUCAGUCGUUCAAUCAUCGCGUAGAGAGAAAAGCAAUACAGGAAGGUCAAAAUUGUCGCAUAUUUUUCUUAGCCAGAAAGCUGAGCAGUUGUGCAAAACUAUGAAGGUGGUGUUUGGAAAAUUGCUGUGAUUUAGUUGAUAUUCAAGUUGAAGUGCAGUUGCAGGAAACGCAAACUAAAUCAGGAUGCUGUUGAAUAUUUAUGAACUGUCGCAGCUUAGCGACGGGCAAAGGAUCAGCACAGUGCUGUUUUUUCUAUUAAUAGAAAUGUUCAUUGAUCGAGCAAAAUCAGCAGCUACGCAAGCAGAAAUAGAUCGGCAUUUGGAAAUGGGAAGAGAUCUUCUAGCCCGCGGACAGCUAUCAGACGCAUUGACACAUUAUCAUGCUGCCGUAGAGGGUGACCCGAAUAAUUAUCUAACGUAUUUCAAACGUGGUACCGUCUAUUUAGCACUGGGUAAAGCCAAAUUUGCAGUGAACGACUUCUCGCGGGUGCUGGAACUGAAGCCAGAUUUUCUGGCCGCACGGGCACAGCGUGGUCAAGUUUAUCUUAAAAUGGGAGACUUCGACAACGCAGAACUAGAUCUGAUGGACGUGCUGCGGAUGGAUCCACACAAUCACGAAGUGAACUUCCAAUAUGCCCGCAUCGAUCCAGCGAGGGAUCAGUGGGCACUUUGCGUGGAUGUGAUCGAGCGUGAGGACUUCACAACGGCAAUUGCAUUGUUAACGCAGUUGUUGGAGAUGUGUCCGUGGUCGGUGGAAAUCCGAGAGGCACGAGCUCAGGCUUAUAUCCGGAUAGGAGAUCGUUUAGCUGCCGUAAGUGAGUAUCGGUCGGUAAACAGGUUAUGCCAAGACAGUACCGAGGGAUAUUACACACUAUCAAAAUUGCUGUACGAUCUGGGAGAUUCUGCAUCGGCUUUAAAAGAGAUACGGGAAUGUUUGAAAUUGGAUCCAGAACACAAAGACUGCUUCCCAUUCUACAAGAAAAUUAAAAAGGUGGACAAGGUUCAUGUUGAUACUCAGAGUGCUUUGGAAGAGCAACGUUACUCUGAUUGCAUUGCAUAUGCAGAAAAGUUGAUCAAUUUGGAACCCGAUGUUCCGAUGAUAAGAUACAAUGGUAAGCAACUGCUUUGCUCGUGUUUGGUGAAAGAUGAGCAGUACUCGGUCGCUGUGAGCCGCUGUCGAGAGGCUUUAGACAUAUACCAGGAUCCCGAAGUGAUGUGUGAUAGAGCGGAAGCUUUUAUUGGAGCCGAAAUGUACGACGAUGCCAUUCAUCAGUACCGCGAAGCGUUGGAUGUAAAUGACUCUCAUCAGCGAGCCAAGGAAGGCAUCGAACGUGCGCAACGAUUGCAAAAGCAAGCUGAGCGUCGAGAUUAUUAUAAGAUUUUAGGAGUAAAACGAAGCGCUACCAAACAAGAAAUCGUGAAAGCUUACCGAAAAGCUGCUCAGAAAUGGCACCCGGAUAACUACCACGGCGACGAGAAAAAGAUCGCCGAAAAAAAAUUCAUUGAUGUUGCUGCAGCGAAGGAAGUUCUCACAGAUCCGGAAAAACGGCAACAAUUCGAUUCCGGAAUAGAUCCUCUCGACCCUGAAUCGAAUCGCUUUGGAGGCGGAGGCAACCCCUUCCAUCAUUUUCAACACGGGUCCCCGUUCCAAUUCAAAUUCCACUUCACGUAGAGUUGAUAGUCCUUACCGUAGCCCUCUUUAAUACUGUCCACCUGUUAAUGCCGUGCAGUGCCAGCUUUAAUUUAUUUUGUCAUUUGAAAUGAUUAGUGUUCCUUAGUAUUUGAGACGUAAGAACUGCGUUCUCUGUCAUCACCAACAAUGCUAAGAGAAUUACGAACUACGACCGAAUUUAGGAAACAAUUAUCUUUCUUCAAAGAAAAAUGCAUAAUAGUUAGGUUAUGCAUGUUACGAUUCAACGGAGAAGUGAUGAAAUACAUAGGAAACAUAAAUCGGCUAUUGAUUUGGAGCAAGGAUAAGUGAAAUUAUGUGUUUCCUUCUAUUUCUCGUUUUCCUAUAGGUAACUCAAAGAACUGAAAAUGAUCUAAACCAUAGUGUAAAUGAUCGCUUUAUCACAUUUAAAUAUUAAUAUAAGACAAGUA